AUGCAUCACCAAUAUAACAAACCUGGUAGCUGCCGUAUCACCAAAGUAUACCGUCAUUUCCCAGGUACACCAGCUGACGAUUCAAUCGGCAAGAGCUGCUCUUUCUACACCCGCGAAACAUGGGACGCAGCAGCUAUAGACCACUGCACCCGCAUGAGCGGAACCGCCGUCACUGGAGGCACUUCUCAGAGUAUCCGCAUUGAUCAUGUCGACGAUGGAGCAGGUGGAUACCAGAAUUUCUGGGGUAACUGGCGUAUUGGUAGAAAAGGCGAUUAUUUGGUCACUUUUGAUAAUUGUAAGGGUUUCAUGGAUAAGAUCUAUGGGAAAUGUGGAGGAUAUGGGGGCUGGUCGAAUACGGAUUUUGGUACUAUCUUUGGAGAAUGUAUCAGAAUUUAG